GGAGGGGUGGUUCUGCUUCUGCCUCUCAUUUCUUCAGCCUUCUUUGUCCAAUUAUCACUCUCUUUGUCACUCACUCACAAAAGAAAACAUCCAAAUUCACCUGGCCCUUUACCUUGCGCUUGCGGCCACCCAUCUUCCUCCUCUUUUUUCACUAGUAGUACUGCUACGACGUAAAUUAAAGUUAUACUCUCAGAUGUUAUCCUGUAUCAAAGUUGAAAGACUCACAGAACCCAAAUGCUAGAAUCCUAGUACUUAUCUUCAUCAUGUUUCUUUCCUUCGUUUUUCUGGGGUAUUUGUGGGAGGCAUUUGCAGAGUUUGCACUGGCUCCAUGAAUGGUUUCUGACAAAAGAUAGCAGCUAUCAUGUUGGGUUCCAUGAUUUCUUACCAUCACAGUCCCAAGGGAUAUGACAUUAUAGCUCGAAGAAGCUUUGGCAGAGCUGCUUCUCACAUGCAUAUCUAUCGAUAUUAUGUUUCAUGUGCUUAUGAUCGGCCAGCAUACUUGCCAUCAGAUUCGCCGUAUACCAGGAUAAGUUAUCCAGGUUGUUUCUCACAAAUUAUCAUCAAAGGCACGCCUUGGCUAUCUAACCAGAGUGUUGAUGGAAAAAGAUCCUGCUUCCAUGAUAGACAGACUCAGAAGAAUAGAUUCUGUUUAUCUGCGGUAGUUGAUGUCUCCAGUGCUGUUGAAGUCAUCAAUGACUUAGGAUCAGACUCAUUGACAUUGCUAGUUGUAAUUGUAUUGGUUGUUCCUGCCUUCAAAACCAUCAAAGCCAGCCCUAUACUUGGUUUUUUCUUUGCUGGAGUUGUGCUUAAUCAGCUUGGAUUAAUUAGAAAUCUUACAGAUGUUAAGAUUCUUUCAGAAUGGGGGAUUCUCUUCUUGCUGUUUGAGAUGGGCUUGGAGCUUUCACUUGCACGUCUAAAAGCUCUUGCUAAAUUUGCUUUUGGGAUGGGACUGACUCAGGUUGUACUGUGCACACUUGCUUUCACGGCAUUUGAGCUUCCACCUAAUGGUGCUAUAGGAACAAGGAUUCUGGAGUUCCUUUUUCACUCAAGACCUGAUUUGGUAAACAUCAGAAGUGUAGACGAGGCUGUGGUAAUUGGUGCUGCUCUAUCAUUGUCUUCUUCAGCUUUUGUUUUACAGCUUCUUGCGGAGAAGGGUGAGCUUCCAACUAGAUUUGGCUCAGCAACUCUGGGGAUACUUCUCCUUCAGGACAUUGCAGUUGUUCCUCUCUUAGUCAUCCUACCAGUGUUGGAAAGUCAGAAUUUGGCAGAAGAAAGUAUUUGGCCAAUGCUAGCUAAAGAAAGUCUGAAGGCUUUAGGUGGACUAGGUUUGCUUUCUCUAGGAGGAAAAUACAUUUUGCGGCGAGUUUUUGAGGUUGUUGCUGAAACAAGAAGCUCAGAAGCUUUUGUGGCCCUCUGUCUCCUAACUGUUGCUGGGACAUCACUUUUAACCCAAAAAUUGGGCUUUAGUGACACGCUUGGAGCAUUUCUUGCUGGAGCCCUAUUAGCAGAAACAAAUUUCCGUACACAGAUUGAAGCUGAUAUUAGGCCAUUCAGAGGCUUACUUCUGGGGUUGUUUUUUGUGACCACUGGGACUUCUAUUGACAUGGAGGUCCUUUUCCGAGAAUGGCCAAAUGUACUUUCACUCUUGGCGGGUUUGAUUGUUAUAAAAACUCUUAUAAUAUCUGCAAUAGGUCCACGUGUUGGACUUUCCCUCCAAGAGAGCAUAAGGAUAGGGUUGCUUCUUUCCCAGGGAGGUGAAUUUGCAUUUGUGGUUUUCUCUCUUGCAAACGGGCUUGGAGUGCUGCCCCUUGAACUGAACAAGUUACUUAUAAUUGUUGUUGUGCUGUCGAUGGCAUUGACUCCUUUGCUAAAUGAAGUUGGACGAAAGGCUGCUGAUGUUAUUGCAAAGAAGUUUGAGGAGCAAGAUAAAACUAAUAACACAGUAAAUUUUGAUGCAAGCGAGCCAAUUGUCAUCGUUGGAUUUGGGCAGAUGGGACAGGUUCUUGCAAAUUUUUUGUCCACCCCGCUGGUGUAUGGACUAGAUGGUGAUACUGUAGGUGUUGGAUGGCCCUACGUGGCUUUUGAUCUGAAUCCAUCUGUUGUAAAGGCUUCUAGAAAGCUGGGAUUCCCUGUUUCAUAUGGAGAUGGAUCACGUCCUGCAGUUCUGCAAUCUGCUGGUAUCUCUUCACCAAAAGCAGUCAUUGUUACGUACACUGGGAAGGAAAGGACAAUUGAGGCUGUGCAGAGGAUUCGAUUGGCGUUUCCGGCGGUUCCAAUAUACGCCCGUGCACAGGAUAUGAUGCAUCUGCUAGAUCUGAAGAAAGCCGGUGCAACAGAUGCUAUUCUCGAGAAUGCAGAGACAAGUUUGCAGCUUGGUUCUAAGAUGUUAAAAGGGUUUGGUGUUAUGUCUGAUGAUAUAACCUUUCUGAGUCAGCUUGUUCUAAAUUCCAUGGAGCUACAAGCUCAGGAUACACUUGAUAAAACUGUUGAACAAGAUAUUGAUGUCAUGAAGCCAUUGCAGAUAAGAGUAGCUGCUCGAACAAUCAAUGGGUCGAACUUGACAGAAGACACAGUAUGCCUUGAAGCGAAACAUAUGGAUGGAGAUCCCUCGCAGAUACCACCUGGGGGAACAGAUUAUCUGGCAGACCAUGAUAGGCACCAUGAAUCUGAGGAUCUAGCGGCUGACGGGGUUUCAUACUGCAGACUAGAUACUGAGAAUGGCUCUCCAGUAAAUUUUGAAGAUGUUGAUGCGCAAAAUAUUGUACAAGAUAGUACAAAUGGGUACUAGACUUUUUUUAGACACAUGUUCAUAUCUUAAAAAGCAAUAUUGCAGGCUGAAGAAUUUUGAGUAUGCUGACUGUAGUUUGAGCAUUAGAGCAUCCACAAUGCUAUUACACUUUGUGGAGUGUAAUCCACAUGCCACGUCAGCAUUCCACUUUCUCCUCUUUUAUUACA